AUGGAACGCGACACGUCGUCAGGCCGCUUUGGCGGACAAUGGGCAUUUCUUGCCACUACAUCGCAACAUGGACAGGCAAGAUCCCUCCCUCCGUCUUCGAGUUACUUGCGCAGCAGCGAGCGUUCCAACAUCUCCCCACUACCCACUGCCCUUCAGUUCCAGCAGCUCAAUGCUUCUCGCUCGAGUCUCCCGCGAAAUCUCCAAACACCAUCCAUUGGUGGCCAGAGUGUGACCACGAUCCCUACUCAACCCGUUGUCCAUCGUGUUAACUCGUACGAUGCCGCAAUCCAGUCUCGUCCUCCAGGUCGCGCCCAGCAAGGAAGGAGAACCAUGAAUCACAAUAUCAAGCCGAAUGAGCUGCCUCCACUGUAUGAGUUCAGUAUUCAGGGAAUACUGGCAGCUAUUGCAGAGGAUGUUGAAGAAGAUAUCAAUGCCAUAUCUGAGAUCUUAGGGAGAAGUCGUCUGGUCCUUGCUGAUCAGCAUGAAAGUCACUUGCCUCCGCAGGGGGAAAUCAGAGCCACGAGCAGUCCCUUGCAGGCUGUCGCCGAGGCCAGCUCGAGUAACGAACGACUGGCUGCUACGGACGAUGUUAUUAUCCUCAGAGAAGAUGCGAGCUUGGUCGAAGGCAGCCAUGCCGGUUCUGCAGCGUAUGGCCUUUUAGAGAGACUACAGGCUGUUCCUCGAAUGAGACAAAUGCAAAAUGAUGUGGCAGGACCGUCCUCCCGGCCGCCAACGAGUCCUAUCCGUCACUACUCGGCUCCUCCUGUUCUGCCUGAGCCCAUGCCUUCUGUGGAGCCAUUCGAUCCUACUAUGACACAACCAGUAUCUGUUUCCUCGCGGCAAUUGCUUCAUAGUCGGAUUCACGAAGAGACAGACGAACGGAUCCCGGCCAGAACCACAAACGCAGUGGUCUCUGAAACAUAUCUUCUUGCCGGCGCGAAUGCAAUCACUUUGUCUGAUCCACCUAUUGUGUCUGAAAGCGGCCGUCAUUACCCUUUGUAUAGCUAUGACUAUACCGAGCUGUUCGAAGGGCCUAAUACUGCGCCUGCCCAAAGACAGUCGAGUUUCCGCGAAAGGUUGCAAGCUAUUCUUUCACGUCGCGACUUUCGGACUUUGACUUCGUGGGCGUACGGCAACAAGGAUCCUGUUGUAAGCGCAGAGUCUCAGCUUAGAGAUAUACUUGACCGACAGCCCCCUUCGGCUGGGAGGUGA